AUUUUAACUGGUAGCUUUUUUUUGUUUACAAAUAGGUCGUCAGCGUAUACCUUUGGGUUCUCUGUCUUCUUCUUCCGUGAGGAGUGGUGAGUUUGACUGUUUCUUACAGUUUAUGAGUUUGGUAGCAACCUGCUGUUAUUUACUCCUUAUGUGUUGCUAGGACAACAGAGAUGUUAUUACAUAAUUUAUCUUCUAUUGUUGAUGGUUAUGCUGCUGAUCAUGAGAAGUCUGUUUCACAUGAAAAUGUAAAUCCUAAUACAACUGCAUCAGGAGAAUAAAAUGAGAGUCGCAGUACUGGUUUCUAAAGCAGCAUAUAAGUUCACAAGAGUAAUAGGUGUUCAACAACUACAACUAAGUGACUAUGUGGUACCUGAAGAUGUUAAAGGAUCUGGUUAUCAGAUUGGUGCUGAUAAGCUAGGAUUUGUAGUUGAAGGUCGUGAUCAGAAGAAGCUCAUAUUUCAUGGCGGAGUACCUGGUAUUGCACAAAAACUUUGCACAUCCACCACUGAUGGCCUUCCUACUGAUAGUGACCCACUUAAGCGCAGACAAGAACUUUUUGGAAUUAAUAAAUUUACUGCAAGUGAACCCCGCAGAUUCUGGGUUUUUGUUUGGGAAGCCUUUCAGGACAUGAAACUUAUGAUCCUUGCAGUCUGUGCUUUUGUGUCAUUAAUGGUUGGCAUAGCAACUGAAGGAUGGCCUAGAGGUGCCCAUGGGGGCCUUGGAAUUUUUGCAAGUAUCUUUUUGGUGGUAUUUGUCACUGCAACAAGUGAUUACAGGCAAUCUCUACAGUUCAGGGAUUUGGACAAAGAGAAGAAGAAAAUUUCGAUCCAAGUCAUAAGGAAUGGAUACCGGCACAAAAUGUCAAUAUAUGAGCUCCUUCAUGGUGAUAUUGUCCAUCUUGUCAUUGGAGACCAAGUUCCUGCAGAUGGCCUCUUUGUUUCUGGAUUUUCUGUGCUCAUUGAUGAAUCUAGCUUGACAGGAGAAAGUGAGCCAGUUAUGGUAAGUGAUGAAAAUCCUUUUCUUUAUCAGGUAGUAAGGUUCAAGAUGGAUCCUUCUUAG